AUGACCGUAUCCGGUUUGGUCCACCUCAGGUGCUCCUACACCAACAAGUACUGGGUGAGUUACUGGGAGUCUCUCCUCGUGCUACCGAAACACGUGGCAUUCAAGGGCGACAAUGGGCAGUACCUCUUGCUUGCUGGAUCAAAGGCCUUGAGUACCUUGAAUUCUCUGGCAGCGACCUUGGCGAUCCAUCCGUGGGGAAUGAGCCCCAAUUGGACCUGGGGCGACUCCAGCGACAGCACCACUGACAACGCUGACACGCUGUUUUGGCCCGUGAAAGUCAGGAAAAGUGUCAUCGUGUUGCGCAACUACAACAAUAGCUACUUCUACAAGCGGCUGACGACCGAGGGGAAACCAAGUUGCCUUAAUUCUGGGGUGUCGACAAUAAGUAAGGAGGCCCGGAUUGGGGUGGAGGAGGUGGUGAUCUCGAGGAGCAUUUAUGAUAUGGAUUUCUACCUCAUGAGCGACAGCACCACUAACAACGCCGACACGCUAUUUUGGCUCGUGAAAUUCGGGAAAAGUGUCAUCGUGUUGCGCAACUACAACAAUAGCUACUUCUGCAAGCGGCUGGCGACCGAGGGGAAACCAAGUUGCCUUAAUGCUGGGGUGUCGACAAUAAGUAAAGAGGCCCGGAUUGGGGUGGAGGAGCUGGUGAUCUCGAGGAGCAUUUAUGAUGUGGAUUUCUACCUCAUGAGCGAAAGCACCACUGACAACGCCGACACGCUGUUUUGGCCCGUGAAAGUCGGGAAAAGUGCCAUCAUGUUGCGCAACUACAACAAUAGCUACUUCUGCAAACGGCUGGCGACCGAGGGGAAACCAAGUUGCCUUAAUGCUGGGGUGUCGACAAUAAGUAAGGAGGCUCGGAUUGGGAUGGAGGAGCUGGUGAUCUCGAGGAGCAUUUAUGAUGUGGAUUUCUACCUCAUGAGGUCUUUACGAAAGCAUCCGGAUUAA